AUUAAAAAUGGAUAAAAAAGUCAAAGUAUUUAAGCUUAGAAGUUAAGAUGAAAAGCAAUUGACAUCAGAUAUCUAAAAACUUUAAGAUGAACUUUCCUAAUUAAGAGUUGCAAAAAUUGCAGGAGGUACAGCAAACAAACUUGGAAAAAUAAAAUUAGUAAGAAAAUCUAUUGCUAAAUAUUUGACAAUUAUUAAUGAAAAAAGAAGAACUGCCGUAAAAUAAGAAUUUAAAGGAAAAUCUUUGAAACCUUUAGAUCUCCGUAUUAAAAAAACUAGAGCAAUUAGAAGAUAAUUAACAAAAAUUAAAGACAAAGUAUACUUUUAAGAUAAUAAAAAGUAAAAGAUAAUUUCUCAUUGAGAAAAUAUGCUUUAAGAGCAUGAUUUUUUUAUAAAUAAUUUCAUAAAAUGGAAAAUAAAAUAUUUAUUGUUUUUUGUUUUUUAUUUAUUCUAACUUUUCUCCCUGUUUUUUUAUUUAAAUUUACUGUAAAUUAAAAA